AGGUCUUGGCACCGAGAAACAUUGCAGCUGAAUUAUCCCUUUCCUUUCACUGCCUGCCACGCCUUUUUCCAUUCUCGUCUGGUCAGGCUACUGCUGUUAGGUCGCCGUGUAGUCCUACUCCGACGCGUACAAUUUGGACAGUCGGUUAUGCAUGUUUUCGGGGAUCUGAAGCGAGAGCUGAUCCUAUUGUCGAGAAUCCUCGCUGAAAGACACGGAUACGAGCUGGUAGGGCUAUUCGGUGACUUGUCUGAAUUUGCUCCCUAAUCAACAAACCAACUGCCGCACCUGCCGGCGGCGAAAGAAUAGAGAGGACCAACGUCAAGAGGGGGGUGGUCCAUGAUUUAAUUAAGCCCACAUCUUACUAGGGCGUGCUGAGCCGAUCGUCUUUUGACAGUUUCCUGCAACUAUACGCAUCUCGGAGACUAGACACAUACUCUUCAAAAAUGGUCGUCUCAACAGCUAAUCAACUCAGUUCGACAUACAAUCUUUGGCAAAGAUUCAAAUUCCCCAGCGAAAAUGGCCCCAGAGAUGCUGUUGCCGUACCAAACUUGGUGGCCGAUCAGCUCAACUCCGCCUAUACCCUCAUCAUAGAUAUGGCACUGGUACAAUUAUUGACUAUACUCUUUGGCAUCAGCCUCUAUCUUUACAUGCGGAGAUACGACCCUAGAGAUCGAGUGACGAAGCUCAGUCCUCUGGCUCCUACUAUCUGGAACAAAAGAUCCGAUCUUGCGGAUCUGAUCUUGGAAACGGGCACCACGAAGGAAAACUGGAUGAAACCAAACGUCGUCUUGUUGCUGCUCCUGUUCCUUGUUCUUUGGGUUGGCAUAAAGGCGACGGGAGUUCUCGUUCCACCUCUCCUCACUCUCGGUACUGCGGCACCUGUAAACCCGGAUGCUAUAUAUUCACCUGAUCGUACUAACGACAACGACGCCUCUUCGGCUGCUCUGUUUCCUCUGGAAGUGCCGCGGUUUAUUCGCGCCUUAGGAAGUACAGUGAACGAAGAAAUUCGCCACAAAGUCAAUGUCAGUGAUGCAAAGCAAGUGGGACAAACCAGCGACGGUGAGAAAAUACUGCAGAUCGACUACUCGUACAAUGCGACGGGAGCCGACUUCGGAUUGCAGAAAUUCCCGGAGUUGACUCUAAACGUCUUGGGCUCAUGCACCACGAACUACAGUUGGUUCAACCAGACCGUCCCCGUAGUAUACAAUGACCAAAUAAUCGCCGUGGACUGGUACAAUCUCUUUGGCAACACAACAUAUCAAUGGAGUGCGUCCCUGUUCGAUGGAAGAGAGCCGAUGGCGUCGUUCUUCACGGGGAACUACACCCAAGGUAUACUUCCCACCAGCAAUGCUACUUGGGGGGUGGUCGUCUCGUCCGUGAAUAGAUCCAGCUUUAGUCCUGGAACCGACCCAUGGUAUCUUACAGGGCCUGGUACAAGUGAUACGGGUGCCGCGUACUCGGUAUUGACAGCGCGACCGGCUCUGUCAUGCUGGGAGGAUAACGUAUGGUCUUAUAAAGGCCAUAAUAGCACCAUCGACGACUUGACAAGCACUGCGCUACCCGGCCUUGAACUCUCGGACGACCUUCAAAGCAUUCUCUUGGACAUCCUCGGCAGCCCCAUGAUACAAUCUGUCGGCCAACACCUUCAGUCCUCAGCUCUUCUAUCGUCGACCACAGCUAGCAAUCAGAUAUUCGACGCUAAGUCAAGCAGUGUUCAUGAUGACCUUGAGCGUCUGGUACAAGCUGCAUACGUAGCUACUGUAAAUAUCUUGACCGACUUAACCUUGUAUCCUGUUGGGGCGAGCAGAGAUGUGCGCAACGUGGCAGUGGGAGCUUCUGGCCAGACGAAAGAUGGAGUCGCCGACUUCGUUGUCUGGAGCUCGGAAAUCAAAACCUUAUCGACAUUAGUAGUCAUCGUCAUUCCUAGCGUGUUCGUCGGCCUUUGGCUAAUAGCCAUUGUGUUGAUGUACUACACUCCGGUUGGAAUCGUUACUGCUCUCGAUUCGAGCGACUUGCAAGGGAAGCUUGCGGCCGGUGGAUCGCACGAGACGACUACGGUAUUAGCAAAUCCACCGAGAUCUGUUGAGAACCAGUAAGCAUCAACUCUUCACAUUUCCUUUAUCUCUUCCUACCCAUGUACGGGCUUAGUGCUAAUCAUUCAGACCUGGAAUCGACUCGAAACCGGCUGUGACGACCUCUACGGGCAACGAGGCCUUAGGAGCGACCACAAAUGUCGUAUCUUCAUACAAUGUGUCGCCAGUCACUGAGUCGGGGAUGGGUGCCGAGAAAAAAGAAUAAGAAUACUGGUUGAGCGCUUGGUGACCAUAUGAGUUCGGAUUAUGACUUUCAUAACCUGGCAGCUCUCAGCGUUAUCCUAUCUAGGUACUCUCUUCCUACCAUUUUUGAAGUGGAAAUGAGGUCAUGUAGGAGGUCCGGUUUUACGAUUGAAUGUGGAAUCCAGCAUCGCAAGGCGGACCGGCGGGACCAAAGUGGGGAGAUGGAUUGGUGUAGGGCCAGGAUGAGUCGGUAGACUGUUAUGCCCCUUAAUGAUUUCAAGCUUCAUGUACCGUAAUGUUAUAUUCUCAUCAGUUAAUUUUUAGGUAGAAUAAUGAUAGGGCCGCUCAUUCACACACUAGAUAUAGAGGUUGAAGGUGUUUUUAGCCAAAAAAAA